GCUUCACAAAGGAUUUGCCGACGUUUGGGAAUUCCGCCUAUAGCUCCUUUUUUUUACCACCACUUGUGCGCUGGAAUCGGCCCAGGAUGACCAAGGAUCCCACCCAUCUCGGUUAAUUUGACAACACAAAGGACUUCGCCGAACCCAAAAGAAACCGCCUACUAUUCCAAAUAAGGGUCGUCUCUCCAUGUACGGCAAACAAUCGGCCGGAGUGUCCUUUUCUCUUCCGUAUCUCGUUUAUAUGAUCGGGGAGACUGUGCUGCAAGUUACAGCGGUGCAAUCAUGGCGGAGCGAGUCCAGCAGCCCCCGGCUAAGCGGCUCUGCUGCAGGCCCGGCUUCAACCCGGCAUGCAGGCAGGGGCAGCGGGCUGGAGGAGUACUGUGUGGCGGUCCGGGGUCCGCUCCAGGGGGAUCGGGAAAAACACACAACCCCGAAUCGCUACUAGACAUAGCGGCGCGGAGAGUCGCUGAGAAGUGGCCCUUCCAAAGGGUGGAGGAACGGUUCGAACGUAUUCCAGAACCCGUCCAGAGAAGGAUCGUGUACUGGUCCUUUCCGAGGAGCGAAAAGGAGAUCUGCAUGUAUUCGUCGUUCAACGCCGGAGGAGAGGAGAGUGGAACUAGCGGGGAAAACAAUGAAGAGACCCAGCUGCCUUUCCUACGGGGUGUCACUCUGCUGGAGGGCGGCUGGGUGGACAACGUACUGCAAGUCGGGUUUCAUCUGAGUGGUACAGUAACAGACCCGGCCACGUCCUCUCAGCCUGAGAUAAUCUGCAGCGUGAGUGUCAGCUUCGACCGCUGUAAGAUCACCGCGGUAACCUGUAGCUGCGGCAACAAGGACAUCUUCUACUGCGCCCACGUUGUAGCGCUGGCCCUGUACCGCGUACGGAAGCCCGACCAGGUCAAACUGCACCUGCCCAUAUCAGAGACGCUGUUCCAGAUGAGCCGAGAUCAGCUGCAGAAGUUUGUCCAGUAUCUGAUAUCAGUGCAUCAUACGGAGGUGUUGCCCACCGCACAGAAACUGGCUGAUGAGAUACUGUCAACUAACUCCGAGAUCAACCAGGUCCACGGGGCCCCGGACCCCACAGCAGGAGCCAGUGUAGAUGAUGAGAACUGUUGGCACUUGGAUGAGGAGCAGGUCCAGGAGCAGGUGAAACUCUUCCUCUCUCAGGGAGGAUACCACGGCUCUGGGAAACAACUCAACCUGCUGUUCAGCAAGGUGAGGGAGAUGCUUCGUAUGCGUGACUCCAACGGUGCCAGGAUGUUAACACUGAUCACAGAACAGUUCAUGGCCGACCCUCGCCUGGCACUGUGGAGACAGCAGGGCACCACCAUGACCGACAAGUACAGACAGCUCUGGGAUGAACUAGGUGCUCUGUGGAUGUGUAUCGUGCUAAACCCCCACUGUAAGACGGAGCAGAAGUGUUGGUGGCUCAAACAGCUGAGGAGGUGGAACAGCGUGGACGUGUGUCCCUGGGAGGACGGUAACCAUGGCAACGAUCUGCCCAACCUCACCCACUCCCUGCCUCAGGGUGCCCAUGGCAACCAAGAGUUGCGUCCCCACAGGACGGUGUUCACGCGGGCCAUCGAGGCAUGUGACCUCCAUUGGCAGGACCGUCACCUGCAGCACAUCAUCGCCAGUGACCUCUACGCCAACUACUGUUACCACGACAACCAGGACGGCUCGCUCUUCGACACACGCGGAUGGCCCAUGUGGCACGAACACGUUCCGACGGCUUGUGCUCGGGUGGAUGCCCUGCGUUCCCAUGGUUACCCCCGUGAAGCGCUGCGAUUGGCCAUUGCCGUGGUGAAUACACUACGGCGGCAGCAGCAGAGACAGCUGGAGCAUUUCCGCAGACAUAAGAAAGAGCUGCUCCAUAAAGGCAUCACCUCCAUAACCAACAUGGAGGGCUGGGUCGGUCACCCUCUGGAUCCCAUCGGCACCCUGUUCAGCACCCUCACUGAGACGGGACGGGGGACAGAGGACGGGGCCAACACCUGCCUUGACCUUUCAGACUGUUCCAGCGUGGUGAGUCGUGCGGAGCUGCAGCGGUUGCCAGUGCAGCGUUUGCUAGGUGAGGGGGAAUCGUACGUGGCGCUGGCCGUGGAGACUGCUCUGAUUGGCUUAGGCCAGCAGCGGGUGAUGCCUGACGGGCUGUACGCCCAGGAGAAGGUGUGUCGCAACGAAGAGCAGCUAUUAGCCAAGCUGCAGGAAGUGGAGCUGGAUGACACGCUGGUCAAGAUCUUCCGCAAGCAAGCCGUCUUCCUGUUAGAGAGUGGGCCGUACAGCGGCCACGGAGAGAUUGUCCACAGAGAGAGUGUUCCCAUGCACACCUUCACCCGCUACCUCUUCACCUCUCUCCUACCUCACGACGCUGAACUGGCGUACAAGAUUGCACUCAGAGCCAUGCGGUUGCCUGUGUUGGAGUCCACAGCCUCGUCAGGUGACCUGUCGCGACCCCAUCACAUGGUGUCUGUGGUCCCUAACCGUUACCCACGCUGGUUCACACUCACCCACAUAGAGUCCCAGCAGUGUGAACUGGCCUCCACCAUGCUCACCGCAGCCAAAGGUGAUAGUCGUAAGCUGGAGACUGUACUAGAGUCCAUCCAGAAGAACAUCCAUUCCUCAUCUCACAUCUUUAAACUGGGCCAGGAUGCCUUCAAGAUCGCUACUCUGAUGGACAGCCUGCCAGACAUCACACUGCUCAAAGUCUCACUGGAGCUGGGGCUACAGGUGAUGAGGAUAACCCUAUCUACGUUGAACUGGAGGAGGAGGGAGAUGGUACGGUGGUUAGUUACCUGUGCCACUGAAGUAGGGGUGUAUGCGUUGGACAGCAUCAUGCAGAGUUGGUACACCCUCUUCACCCCGACCGAGGCCACCAGCAUCGUGGCCACCACCGUUAUGUCCAACACCACCAUCGUUCGGCUGCACCUGGACUGUCACCAGCAGGAGAACCUGGCCUCCUCCGCCCGGACCCUGGCCCUGCAGUGUGCCAUGAAGGACCCCCAGAACUGUGCACUCUCUGCCCUCACGCUCUGCGAGAAGGACCACAUCGCCUUCGAGACGGCCUACCAGAUCGUUCUGGACGCGGCCGCCACGGGGAUGAGCUACACACAGCUGUUCACGAUAGCCAGGUACAUGGAGCACAGGGGGUACCCUAUGAGGGCGUACAAGCUAGCCACGCUAGCCAUGGCUCAUCUAAACCUCAGCUACAACCAGGAUACCCACCCAGCCAUCAAUGACGUGCUGUGGGCCUGCGCUCUGAGUCACUCGCUGGGAAAGAACGAGCUGGCUGCCGUCAUCCCCCUGGUGGUGAAGAGCGUGAAGUGCGCCACGGUGCUGUCGGAUAUUUUGCGGCGGUGCACACUGACCACGCCGGGGCUGGUGUCAGCUCUGCACAGCCGCAGGAACUCUGGGAAGCUGAUGUCACUGGACAAAGCUCCUCUCAGGCAGCUGCUGGACGCUACCAUCGGGGCCUACAUCAACACCACGCACUCUCGCCUCACGCACAUCAGCCCGCGCCACUACAGCGAGUUCAUAGAGUUCCUGGGGAAGACCCGGGAGACGUUCCUCAUGGCCCAGGACGGACACAUCCAGUUCACCCAGUUCAUAGACAACCUCAAACAGAUCUACAAGGGAAAGAAGAAACUCAUGAUGCUGGUGAGGGAGAGGUUCGGCUGACCAGGGUCGGCCCCUAGGGGGAGGUUCGGCUGACCAGGGUCGGCCCCUAGGGAGGGUUCGGCUGACCAGGGUCGGCCCCUAGGGGGGGGUUCGGCUGACCAGGGUCGGCCCCUAGGGGGGGGUUCGGCUGACCAGGGUCGGCCCCGAGGGGGAGGUUCGGCUGACCAGGGUCGGCCCCGAGGGGGAGGUUCGGCUGACCAGGGUCGGCCCCUAGUACUUUUAUAUUAACUUGAGUCUGCCUUUUGAACUUCUUUGGACUUAAACAUGGACAAGUAAAGAGUUGGAGGACAAAGCAAAAGAAGGAAAAAAAUCUUUCCAGAGCCACACAGUAUUAUCGUUCUUGCUGUUGUUAUUGUUAUAAACAUUAUUACUGUUAUUAUUAUUACUGUGUACAGUACUAUGUGUGUUUUAUUUUCAGAAGAGGCAAUGUCACGUUGUGAAUGUUGUGUGUUUUUCUUUGUGUGUGCGAGAGGAAAAAGCAGAUAACAGAAAUGUUUAUUAUUAUUAUUAGCAUCUCCCUGUUUUAUAUCUUGGUUUUAUACUGAGUAUAUGUCAACUGGCUUAAAGUCCCUUGUGCGAAAGCGCUCGUGUAAAAACACAUUGGCAGCCUCAAGAGACCCUAUGGCUUUAAAACCACACAGACCUGACUAUUGGAAGCACUGGUGGCUUCUAAUGGUGGCUUCAUGAGAAAACCACCAUUAGCAUUUCUGUUGACUCGUCACUUGUGUUUUCUCUGAGUCAUAGGUAUUAGUUAGAUUCUAGUUUUGGAAUAAUUGUCUUAACAGACUGGUGUUGUUUCAGAUGCAGUAAUCAUAACUAUCUGUGUUAGAUUAAGGUCAACAAUGCAGGACUACAGUAAUGGCACAUGGACCAUAAGAUGAGGAUAUGGAGUAUUAUGAAAGAGUACCAGCAUUUGAUGUAUUAUGCCAGAAAUAUCCCACACUGUAAAAACAAAUCCUGUUUACAGUAAAGUUUAGAGUAAUGUACUGUUAAACAAAAGGUUUUUUUUACAUUUACGGUAACCUUUUAUUUUUUACAGUAACUUACAGGUAACUAACUGGCUGCCAGUAAGUUACCGUAAAAACAACAGGAUAUAUAUUAUUUUUUUUACAGUGCACAAUGUACUUAGAACCAACAAACUUGUAAUUGUGGGUUAGUUACUGGUUCAAGUCUUACGAUGCACAGUUGCUGGAGACUAGCCUGGUUACCUGACUGUUUCUGUAUUCACAAAACUAAGCUGGUGACCUGGCUGUUUCUGUGUUCACAAGAAUACAGGCUGGGUAACUAAUUACAGUACCAAAGUUACCAGGGUUCUAGUUGUACAGAUGUAGGAUCUUAAUUGGAUCACCUGCAAUACAGGAAAUGUUUUACUUGUAUUUUGAGGUUUAAAGUUGUUUAAUUUCCACUUUUCCACAAUUUCGGACUUGAUUUUCCCUUAAGAAAAAUGUAUCAACCCCUACAAAAAUGUCAAUUUAUUUUAUACAUAGUUCAUAUUUCCUGUUGCUGCAGGAUUAUUUUCCUGCUGUAGCAAACAGGCUCAAGUUAGGAUCUCACAUCUGUAGAAUAGGUGAGUGUAGCUCCAGAAUGGGCCAGUGUCAAUGCUUCUGUGCAUGUGGAACCAUAGGAUAAUUAGAAUUCCAUUAUAAUACUGUUUUAAUAGGCCUAUUCUAUGUGUAUAACCUUCAGCAACUGUCAAGACGUUCUCAGGGAUUUCUCUAAAACUAACAGGAAAAAGGAAGAAGGAACGAAUACAGGAAACAAUGAUACGAGCAAGCAUGUAUUGUACUGUGUAUAUAUACGAUAGUGUAAGUCUGAGUAUGGAGGAUUCAAAAGUAUAUGUUAACUAAUUUACACAGAGUAUUCUAUGUAAUGUGAAAUACUUGAAGCCGCUGUAGCUUGCUCUUUUUCUCUUAGUGUUUUUUCUUUCUAUUUUUUUUUUACCACAGAACACAUCAGAAACUGAAUUGGCCUUGCUAAUGGUGGGUUACUGUAGGCUGACAAGGGUAGUGUCAGUACUAAGACAUUGGUUCAGAUUAUUGAACUGCUAUCAGUUUGAUUUGGUAUCUAUUCAAGGUAUUGGAGCACAGUGAAAAUAUUAUCUUGUUCUCUCAAGGGUCACUUUUCACAAUGAACAGAUUUAUGUAUUUGACUGACGUACAGUAUUCCAUUGAUAUGUCAUGUGAUAACCUGAGCAUUGAUUUUUCAUUACGUGGCAUCAUAACAUUGAUCAGCUAUUGAGAAAUGACCAACAUGCAGUUGUGUAUAACUCUGGUCCUCGAAGGCCACGGGGUCUGCUGGUUCUCUUUACCUGGAAAUCCCAGACUUUAGUGUUAUACCUGGCUAAUCAGUGGUGUGAAAGCUAGGUCAGUCAGUGAUACUAAUUGAUCUAUUAAAACCAGCAGGGCUGUCACCCUUCAGGACGAGUUGUGCUCCGCUGAAAUGUCCGCUUGCAUCUGAACACGCCACAGACCAGUGUGUCUCUUCCUGUACGAGGUCCGGCUAUUGUACUAAUAACUUGUCUUGUUUCUUUAUUUUUCUGGUUUUUGUUGAAGUGCUUUCUCUUUUGUUCUUUAAAGAAUAAAUAGCCUUUUCUCUUGCCUUGUUUUGAAGUAACCAAGCAGGAGUUCUAACAACCAAACACGUUCCAAGAAGUGAAAGCCAAGCCACCUUGGUCCCAGCUUUAGUGUCCUUAAUUAGUAACUGAAUGGCUCUGUAAACGCUGUGCUUUUAACGAAGCAUUUCCUCGUGUGUUUGAUGGAAAACUUUGUCCUGUGUGUCUCGUCCUCUAAUGAAUGGAUUUCCUCUGUUUCUUGCUAGCUGUUUUUUUUCUGUUCGUGUAGGAAAUGGAAUCUUCUGUUUUCCCACUUUAUUUAUUACACUGAUCCAUGUAUACAUGCUUAUGGAAUUAAGAUUUGAUACACCGAUAUCAAUUUAUUUAUGUAACUAAAAUCACUGUUUUAUAAUCUUUUUUUUUGUUUUAAUUAAAGUUAGUUUUUUUUAAAGGUA